CUCAACUCGUAAUCGUAUCGUGCCGAUAUACCAAAGUGUGACAAUCAUCGACACGUUGUCCAUUAAGAAAAAAGAAACUAUUUUCCAACUUAUUAAUUUGGUCAAUUUAAAAUACCAAUUGAGUUAAUUUAUCGAACAUUUAUUUAAACAAUUCGAUCACUUUGCAAAAACCAUCGAUCCCUAAGAUACAAAAUAAAAGCCUUAGUUGGACAAUAUGAUGAUCAGUUAAAGAUCGACAAGUAGUGAAGAAUCACGUAAAAGAAUAUUGUUCUUAAAAGUCUUAGAAAAACAAAACAGAAUGGACUUAAAAAUUUUGAAAUUUUUUUAGUACCAAGUGAAUUUUUUAUGAAAAGGCGCUUCGUUCAUAACUUUUUGUUGUAUUUAAAAUCUGAUGUGAGAUGUGUGUAUGCCAGAUCUUAAAGUUGUGCUAUUUUUAAGACAUUAUAUAGUCCUUAGUUUUUAUUUAUAUUCUUUUCUCGGGCGCCAUUUUUGUGUCACGUAGCUAGACACACAUCAAGAGAAAGUUUAUUUCAUUUGUCUCACUCAACCAAUACAUUAAACAUUUAGAACUUUAACAAAUAAAUAAAAAUAAAACAGAACAAUUCUUGAAAACGAAAAUACAAUCGUUAAAUUUCGAGUGAAUUUCAUCAUCAAAAACAAAAGAAGAACAAAUCAAACAAAAAUAAAGUGCGAAAAAUCUGAACAGUAUUUCAUCAACCAAACUAUAUUACGGUUGCGCGAUUCUUUUGAAAAAUACCUGCGAGCGGCGAAUAUAAAAAUUUGUUGAUUCGAAACUCUAUUCGUUUUUAAGAUAAAAACAAGUCACAAGGCUUGUGGAAUUCUUUACGUCUUUGACUGUAAUCGCGGAUAAACAUUCGUGAAAAAAUACAUUCGUCCAUGCCAUGCGCGAUAAAAUCUCCCAACUUUUUUGCCUGCAAAAAAACACAUGCAAAUUUAAUUCAGAUAAUAAUCAAGGAAAUAAUGUGCCAAUUAAAGCCGCGGCAAACGGGUCAACGGGGAUCAAUGGGUAUUUUGGGACAGAAGGGCCCGAAGCGACAGAGACCGACUCAUCAGGGACCGGGGGGAUGCGGAAGUCGUUGGAGGGGAAGGGCACAGCGCCGAACGACGCUAUUCACCUCCAGAGACGGGUGGGACUCCUCAGUGGGGUGGCUUUAAUUGUCGGAACAAUGAUAGGGUCUGGAAUCUUCGUGUCACCUUCAGGUUUACUGGUUCGUACUGGUUCUGUUGGUGUAAGCUUUAUAAUAUGGCUGGCCUGUGGUUUGCUCUCAUUGUUGGGCGCUCUGGCGUAUGCUGAAUUAGGCACAAUGAACACUUCAUCGGGGGCUGAAUGGGCCUAUUUUAUGGACGCAUUCGGGCCAGCUCCGGCAUUUUUAUUUUCAUGGGUAUCGACUUUGGUGUUAAAGCCAUCCCAAAUGGCCAUAAUAUGUCUUUCAUUUGCACAGUAUGCAGUGGAAGCCUUCGUGAGUGAAUGUGAUCCACCAACGUCGGUUGUUAAGAUGGUUGCAUUAUUUGCAAUUGUGAUGAUUCUGUUCGUCAAUUGUUAUAGUGUAAACUUGGGCAUGGCUGUACAGAAUAUUUUUACAGCUGCCAAAUUGGUUGCCGUACUGAUUGUGAUUUGUGGCGGAGCGUAUAAGCUAUUUCAGGGAAAUACUCAGCAUCUACAGAACGCAUUUACAGGACCACCACCGACAUUUGGGGCCAUUGCAACGGCUUUUUACACCGGUCUGUGGGCCUAUGACGGUUGGAAUAAUUUAAAUUAUGUCACUGAAGAAAUUAAAAAUCCAAGCAAAAACCUACCAAGGUCAAUUAUAAUUGGCAUACCAUUGGUAACAUUGGCUUAUGCUUUGAUAAAUAUCUCAUAUCUCGCUGCUAUGUCACCCACCGAAAUGAUUGAAUCUGAAGCAGUUGCAGUGACGUUUGGUAAUCGAAUACUUGGCGUAAUGGCAUGGCUGAUGCCACUUAGUGUCACCAUAAGUACAUUUGGUAGUGCUAAUGGUACUCUAUUUGCAGCUGGACGACUGUGCUUUGCUGCAAGUCGAGAGGGACAUCUACUUGAUAUUCUCUCCUACGUGCAUGUUCGCCGUUUGACACCAGCACCUGGCCUCAUAUUUCAUUCUUUAAUUGCAUCUGCUAUGGUUCUGUAUGGGACAAUUGAUUCGUUAAUUGAUUUCUUCAGUUUUACUGCGUGGAUAUUUUAUGGUGGUGCUAUGCUGGCGUUAAUUGUGAUGCGAUACACAAAACCAAACUAUCCGCGGCCAUAUAAAGUGCCACUUAUCAUUCCAGUUUUGGUUUUGGUUGUUUCGGCGUAUCUUGUAGUUGCACCUAUAAUUGAUAAGCCACAAAUUGAGUAUUUGUAUGCUUUGGGAUUCAUUUUUGCUGGAUUGAUUUUUUAUGUGCCGUUUGUUAAGCUAGGAAUGACACCAAGAUUUAUGCGAAAAGUAACUUUGUUUUUCCAAUUGCUUCUGGAAGUUGUGCCAACAUCAUCAAUGGCCAUGUUCGAAUAAACAUUCAACUAAAUAUUUAAAUAAAAAGUAAUCUUUGCAAUCUUAUAUUUUACUUU